UCUCGCUGCCCCUCCCCAAUCAGGGGCCCUUUGUGAUGUAAAGGCCCCAGCUCUGUGAUGCAGGCCUGGGCCCCAGUCCCUAGUCUGCAAGGGAAUGCUCAGACCUCAGUUGCUUGAAGGCAGCAGACCUAUUCAGAUGGCGAAUAUUCCGUUUCCUCUAAAAUUUCUUAGUGAUUUCUGGAUAAACACCCCCAGCUUUACACCAUGGGUGUUGGAUAUCUUUCUCACCCUGGUAUUUGUCGUGGAGUUAUAUUUCCUAUUAGCCCCCUGCCUCUCUUACUUCCAUCGUGAUCCACCCUCACCAUCGCCCGGGGAGAAGAUAAUGGGUCACCUUCUCUCCCAGGGUCAGCAGAGGGGGAGGCCCAAAGGCAGGAAGAAAAACAGCAGUCUGAAAGCUUCUAGAGACCUCCUGACAGGCCUGGAGGGGAUUCGGGACUCGCUUUCACAACUGCAGCGCAUCCUGAGGCCGUAUCCUGAGAAAGGCGACUUUGGUCAGCUCUCUGGUGCAGAUCCCCCCUCAGGUGAGGAGUGCAAAAGAGCGCCUGAUGGAGCCUCCCACUCCCCUCAGGAGCUGAUGGAAGAUGCCGCUCCCGUGCCUUCCCCAUUAGCUUCCCCGGAUCCUCAAACCCAGCAUCCUUCGCCUCUCGUCUCCACCCCAUCACCAGGCCCAAUGGCCACCUCAGUCUCCCCUCUGAGUGCCUCCCAACCACCAGAGCCUUCCCUUCCCCUGGAACACCCCUCACCAGAGCCACCUGCGCUUUUCCCUAACCCAACACACACCCCUGAUCCUCGGGCCUGCUCUCCGCCUCCUCCGAAAGGCUUCAUUGCUCCUCCCCUGCGGGACUCCACUCCGACGACUCCAUCUCACUGUGACUCAGUGGCGCUUCCACUGGGCACCAUCCAUCAAAGCUCCAGUCCUGAACUCUGGAGCAACCUGGGAAUGACCCAAGAGUCUCUGGAUCCGAUGCAGUCUCCAGAGAAAUGGCCAGGGACAAGUCAGGGCAGGGGCAAACUCAGACCCUUGCAGUUCUCCGAGUCCACGGGCGAAAGCAGCAAGGACAUACAGAAGGUGACGUUCCCGCUAGAGAGUAAUCCGUGCACACCUCUGGGACAAAUUCGGGGGCAUACCCCCCAAAAUCUAGCCAGGUGCCUGGAAAGCUUCCCAGGGAAGGUUCUGGGGGCAGAACCUCAAGACUCUGAGGAAUCGGAAAGAGACUUGAAGAUGCCCUUGAGGAGAGACUCGGAAAGUGAUUUAUUAAGACGCACAGAGAGAAAUCAUAUAGAAAACAUCCUGAAAGCCCACGUGGGCAUGAAGUUGGGCCAGCUCAAUGAGGGCUUUAUCCCCAUCCGUGUGCGUCGAUCCUGGCUUGCUGUCAACCAGGCUUUUCCCCUGUCCAACACCCACAUGAAGACCAGCAAUCUAACAACCCCAAAAAGUGAAAGAGCCAGUGUGAACACAUCCCAGGAGCUUUCCUUCCUCGAUCCGUGCACUCGACAGGUGCUGGGACGCCAUAUUGUGAGGUUGUGGGCCAAACACAACUGGAGCCUAGCCCUCAGGGUCCUCAAGCCCAUUAAGCUCUUUAAACUGGAAAAGGUUUCGUCCUUACCCCUAACACAGCGUGCACGUCCCUCGUCAGCCACCUAUGAAUCUAAGCCUAACUCAAAAGUUGAGAAAGCCACGUUCCUAAGAGAGUCACCACUGGCAGGUCUGAGAAAGCAGGUGCUGACCAAAGCAUCUGUUCAGACGCCAGACAGUCUUAUGGCAGCCAGAAGGAGCAACCUGGGGUACGAGGAGCCCAAGAACCCGAAACAUCAAGGCUCACGCAAGAGCCAGAGCCGGAUGUUUACCCCUACUCACAACAGUGAGAACCCAACGAAGCCCAACUUAGAAAAACGUGUAGAAAGGCUGGAAGAACUGAGGACUCCCCAACUCACCCCAGUCAGGAAAACAGAAAAAACCCGUCAGGAUGAAGGCCUCCGGCUGCUGCCGUCAAAGAAACAGCCUCCUUCAAUAAGCGACGUCGGAGAAAGCAUCAAACAAUUCUUUCAGCAGGUCUUUUCAGAGAAGAAAAGCAAGCCAGUUCCAGUCACUGCCAAGAGCCAGAAAAUAGUGAAAAACAGAUCACAUGUGUACAGCAGCUAUGCUGAAGCUGAGCGGCUCACGGCAGCAGUUGGACACAUGCUGGAGAAAAAAAUGACACUUUGCCGUGAGCAUCGUGCCUCAAAGGCAAAUCAGCACAAACAGGAGUUCCAAGCCCCAGUCUGUGGGUUUCCCUGCAACCGCAGGCACCUCUUCCACCCGGAACACAGCACAAUGCUGGGCUACGCAGCCAGCAGUCAACAAGCCACUCUCAAGAGCCAGAGUUACCCCAACAGAGAGAAGCAUAUCAGAGAUCAACAGUCCCUGAAAAGUGUCCGACGCAACAAUGAGCAACGGGGCCAGGACAGCCCCAACUCUUGCUCCCCAAGAAGGCUGUCUCCCCAGUCAGCGCCCCUCAGGGCAGACCGAAGACAGAACAUUUAAUAUUCCAAAAUAAAUAAAUAACUCCCCCCCCAAUAAAAGGAUAAUGGCUUUUAUUUGUGUCAUGCUUCAUCCUGAGUUCCUUCACUGAAACUUAGGUUUCCAUAAUACCGUCUUUACACAAACAACAAAAAAUUCUAAAAACAAGAUGAGAACACCUACGAAGAUCCCACUCAGAGAUAUGGUUCAACCCAUCUUUCUACUACUUACUCUGUACCUCAAACUUUAUGCAGCUGUAGGAAGAAGGUUUGCAGAGAUGUCAUAGGACUGAAUAUCUCCAUGCAGGCUCCAGGGACUGCCACAGUCAAGUAGCUUCAUGUGUCACAAAACAGUGGAAGCUCGGGUGGGAGAGUGUGAGCCCUGAGUUCAGAAGCCAGGGAAGUCUUGACCCUGGAUAUCCUGGGGGAGAGUAGAUAAUGCCUAUCCUUGGGAAGCCCCUUCUCUCCCUCGCAAAGGCUGGGAUGGAAAUGGGCCCUCUUAGCUCAGCCUACAUACAAAGCACAGAGUCCCCAUCCCACUGCCUCCCCCUUUCUUGCACUCUGGAGUGGGGUGGGGACAGACCUUCCAGCACUGUGGAUGUAAAAGUGGGGGUUGGGGGGAGGCCUCCACGGAGGCUGCUGAGGUCUGUGAGCUCCCCUGCCCGCAAUGAGUGAAUGACCCUGCUCCUGGGUCACCUGCCUUUGUCUGUCUCACCUAUGUGUGUCUCAGCUUCAGAGAAGUAGUUCUGGGUGAAUGGGGUAGGGCAUGCCUGUGUGUGCAGAGGCUUCUGAUGGUGGGACUCUGUAGAACUACAGCAGGAUGCAGACAAAGAUUUGAAAAGGAGGCAAAGUGGUGUGAGGGCUCCGUAGGCGGUGCCAUGACCUGGGAGCCUCUGACAUUCCAACCCCUUCCACAGGCAGAGAGGGGCCUAUGGCUCAUCCUGGCCCCACCCCAGGGUCUGUCCCUGUUCCAGCUCCCAGACCAUAGACCUAAAAACGAAUUUACCCCCAACACAGAGGGCCAGACCAGUGAGAAGGCAAAAUGAAUAAGGGAAGAUGAAUUUCUUAA